AUGGCUGGCUUAAAGACCUUUGAUGCUUUUCCAAAGACUGAGGAACGUCAUGUUAAAAAAAGUAAGAAAGGUGGAUUGUCUUCUAUAUUAACUUAUGCAUUCCUAUUACUAAUUGCCUGGACUGAGUUUGGUAGCUAUUUUGGUGGUUAUAUUGAUAAACAAUACUCAGUUGACAAAGAUAUUAGAAAAGUGGUUCAGAUUAACAUGGAUAUUUACGUAAAAAUGCCAUGUGAAUGGCUACAUGUCAAUGUUCUUGAUGAUACGAAUGAUCGUAAAAUCGUAUCUGAAGAACUGAUAUUUGAAGAUAUGCCAUUUUUUGUACCACAUGGAUCAAAAGUUAAUAAUUUAAAUAAAGUAGUUACUCCUGAAUUGGAUGACAUAUUAGCAGAAGCAAUCCCAGCAGAAUUUAGAGAAAAAAUAGAGACAAAGCCUCUACUUGGACCUGACGGUAAACCUAUAUUUGAGCUAACUGGUUGUCACGUCUACGGUUCAGUAACAGUAAACAGGGUAGCCGGCGAAAUGCAAAUAACUGCUAAAGGUUAUGGUUACAGAGACCGUAAAAGAGCCCCAAAGGACUUGAUUGACUUUAACCAUGUAGUCAAUGAAUUUUCAUUUGGUGACUUCUAUCCAUAUAUUGAAAACCCAUUGGAUGGAACUUGUAAAAUGUACCCAAAUAGCCCAUUCUCGAGUUACAAUUACUUCAUGUCCGUAGUUCCUACAUUUUACCAAAAAUUAGGUGCUGAGAUUGAUACUAAUCAAUAUUCCAUUAGAGAAUACCAUGUCGAUUUAAAAAAUUCCAAUGUAAAUGCAAAAUUAUCAACGAUUCCAGGUAUUUUCUUAAAAUACGAUUUUGAGCCAUUAGCAAUAAUUAUCUCAGAUGUUCGUCUAACAUUUUUACAAUUUAUUGUGAGGCUAGUUGCAAUCUUAUCAUUUGUACUAUACAUAGCAUCCUGGAUUUUUAGAGCUGUUGACAAAAGUCUGAUCUUUGUUUUAGGACCUAAAUGGUCAUUACAUUAUCAACCGGCCGCUAAUAGCCAGGGUAUAUUAUAG